UCAAACAAGUUUCAGUUGUUCGAAGAACGCGUCGACGAACAGGUCAUAAUUGAACUGGACUCUAUAUCAAUACACGCCUACAAGCUAGAGAAAUGUUGCGGCUUGCUGUGGCAAUUGUCAGUAUUCUGGCCGUGGAAAGCUCCACGGUGAACGAUGCAUUCAAUUGGCACGAAGUGGUGCCGGAUGUGAUCCCGGGGCCACCGCCCGAAUUGCUUAAGGUCAGCUACGAUAAUCGUCUGUCGGUUAAGGAUGGGGACAUUGUAACACCCACACAGGUUAUGCAUAAGCCCGUGGUGGAGUGGAUGGCCGAGCCGGAUACAUACUACACGCUUAUGAUGGUCGAUCCGGAUGCGCCCAGCCGUAGUGAGCCCAGGCUGCGCGAAUUCAAGCAUUGGCUGGUGAUCAAUAUACCCGGCAAUGAUGUGGCCAGGGGGGAUGCGCUCGCCGAUUAUGUGGGCUCGGGUCCGCCCAAGGAUACGGGACUGCAUCGUUAUGUAUUUUUGGUCUUUAAGCAGCCGAAGAAGCUGCAAAUCAGCGGAGCGCGCGUUAGCAACAAAUCACGUCGCGGCCGGACCAAAUUCCAUGCCUACAAAUUUGCGGAGCAUCAUCAUCUGGGCGAUCCCGUCGCUGGGACCUUCUAUCAGGCGGAAUACGACGACUAUGUGCCCAUUUUGCACAGUCAGCUGAAGAACUAGUGUGUAAUGCCGUGACAGCAAUGUUUGUUUAAUAUGAAUUGGUUUUAUUGUUUUAUUAUUAUGAGUUUCUGUUGCCGUCUAUUUGCCCGCCGCCGUGGCAAGUGGAUUGCGCAGCACCAAAAUAACAGAAUCACCGCGCAGAAACA